AUGAGUGAGGAUAAGGAGAAUGAGAAAUUAUCCAAAAAUACCGACGAAGAAACUGGAGAUAAUUUUGAUAACGACGAUGUAACCCAUUUACCACGUCCUACAGUUUCACGAAGACCCAAAACUCCCGAAAUAGAUGAUCCUGUACGAUUCCAAAAAUUACAAGAUAAGAAAUCAACGAAAAAGAAAGUUUGCUCCCCACCAUGUGUUCCUUGUAACAAAAAAGAAAGUGUUGCUAGCGCAAAAAUUGAACCAACAAUUAGUCAUAGGCUAGAUUUUAAAUAUUUCAAUCAAGGUUUGAAAGAAGACGAAGUUAGAAGGGUCUACGUAUCUCCUGUUAAAUUAAAAAAAAAGUAUCCCCCGAAAGAACCAACGGCUAAAUAUCAUUACGUUCCUUCUCCUGAAAUAAGCUCUGCGAAAGUAGAGCUUCGUAAAGCAACUCCAACUCCUAGUUCAGAACCGUUUUCUCCUGAAAAACCUGACGAAGAACAGCUGGAUUUGAAAAAACCGAAAAGUGGUAUUUUUAUCAACGUUACAGAAGACGAAAAACAAGUGAGAGUUGAAGAUUAUGAUAGUUUUGAUCUAGUGUAUCAAAGAAAACCGAGACCAAGCUUAGUAGGAAGAAAAAGAAAAGAUAAAACGAAAUCUACUUUGGAUGAUAUAAGUGAAGGUGAUGAAGGUGGUGCUGCUGUAGGAAAGAAAAAAAGAAAAAAGAAAAUAAGCGCAACAACCGAUUUGGAGUAUACUGCAGAUGAAAUGGAUCUACUAGAAGCGUUAAUCACUGAAGAUUACGGUGAAAAUGAAGGUGAAGAGCGUGGAGUAUAUUUGACUAAAAUGUUUAGAAGAAAAGUGUCGUUGAUGUCAGCAGCUACUUCGUAUCAAAGUAAAGACAUUCCCCAUUCGACUAUCUCAACGGUAUCAAAAGAUGGUAUUAACAAAUACAUCCAAAAGUUUCGCAGAGAUUCAGAAAUAAGGAAAUUUCAACCAAAAAAGAGGAAAAUUAAACGAGGAACGAUACAGAGUCAUUCGUUUACAAAUAUGUACCAACCCAUUUUGCAAGAUUUUUUCUUUGGUUCCAAGCAAGGUUCAAUGCAUCAAGGUCUGUAUUUCUUCUUAUAUAUAGGAAAAAAUAAACAAGGUAUAUGUAUGCCUGUCGCUGCUUACUGUUAUUCAAUGUUAUCUCACCCCAAUAAAUGGACAAGAGAAAACAUCGACGAAAUCCUGAGCUGGGGAAACAAUCUUUAUAUGGAGACCUUAAAACGAUCUCAUUUUCACAAUUUCUUCGGGGAAUUGGAUCGCAAACAACUACUCAAAUAUUGUACAAUCGGAUGUAAGAAGAUGAGGAUAUCUAUAGAAGAUCCAUUCGUUACGGGAUAUAUAAGAUCCGACGAUAAACGAAUUUUCAAUCUAACUAAAGCUUUGAAAAUCUUUUUCGCUAGUCAAACGGCCGGUAUAUUCAAAACUCAAGAUAUAACUAUCGCAAUUUGGAAAAAUAAGUAUUUGUAUAUGUUCGACGCUAGACCGAGAACGAAAGAUCUUUAUGUCAGUUGCGAUGGAACUGCUGUUAUGGCAAAUUUCUACGACGUUCCGUCUUUGGCGACAAUUUUUCUGAGCAGAUCGAAUUUCUGUAAUUGGCCCUUUGCAAUAUAUCCAAUGAAAGUUUAUAAAAUAAUGAACGCUGACGAAUUAGAAAAGGACUCAAACGAAGAAAUUAACGUUAAAAGCGAAUAUAACAUUUUAAAUGAAAAUAAAGCAGUGGUUUUAGGUUCUUUCGAUUUGGCUGAUAAAUGUUUUGAAUUUUCUAGAGGAAAACAGUCAUUACCAAUGUCUGUACUAGCGCUGGUAUAUUCUCGGAUAACUCCACCGAACGCUUGGAAUAGAAAAACAAUUGACAAAAUCUUAAUAUUAGGCAAUCUCCUGUAUAAAGAAUGUCUAGCUUGUAAAGCUUCGGUUGAUAUAAAACUAGAACACCUGCCAGCUUUGUUCACUAUAGGUCCUUACAUAGUCGAAAUAUAUAUUUUUGGUAAUCUCUUCGCCGAUCUAAUAUACAGAUCAUGCAACUGUCAAUUGAAAAUGUCACUAGAAUCGUUUUUCGAAAAAUGCACCAAUGGUAUUCUACAAAUAGGAAGGUGUCAUUUGGCAGUUUGGAAACAGAGAAAUAUGUUUUAUUGUUUCGAUCCGUAUUCAAGAAAUAACGAAGGUUUCGCUACCACUCACGGGAUGGCGUGCGUCUCGAUGCACGCAUCAUUGGACUCUGUAAUAGAAUUGAUAGCAUAUAAUUAUGAUAAAGAUUCAGUUUUUUAUCUGCAUGCUUUGAAAGUAUGUAAGAUUCAUAGAGACCCGUGUCAAUCAGGUCGUUUUCCGAGACAUCUAUCCAUGGACGAUUUCCCUGUGGAUACAUUUAAAAAAUACAAAAUGAGGAAAUCGAAGAAAAGCGCAACAGAAAAACCUGUGACUGUAGAUUAUUCAGCUGUGGCGAUGAGACGACUUUUAGCUGGUGAAAGUCCUCAAGUGUCGGUGUUAGAAAUUGGUUCUACAAUAGGAAGCAUUAGAUUAGACGAAAUGCAAACAGCCUUAUGCAAAAAAUGUCCUUCUUUGUCUUUCCUUAAACUAGAACCGAAAAAAUCCAUGGGAGAUAUUGUAGCUGAUUUAGAUAGACCAAGUUUAUCUGAUACACAAAUAGAGCCUCCUUUACCUCAACAAUCUAGUUUAGCAGAACCAAUCGAAUUUAUGGAUUUGGACGACUUUGAAUUAACCAUGGAAGAAAUAGAGCUAGAAGUUCCUCCCGCCGAAGGAGAAGGACUCGGAGCGGAAGGUUACAAAAGAGCGUACGUAGAAGGUGGAGCAGGACCUCCCGGUGAAGAAACAGGAGCGCCUGAAGAAUGGUACUAUGCCACGGAUAAAUAUUCCCAAUUCGUAUUGGAUCAAGAACGUAGUAAAAUCUCCGAGGAAAUCAACACCGAUUUAACGUAUUUCCCUAUAAGGAAAGACAUACUUUAUCCAACUUACGUUCGAGGUAAACAACAGAUGCAAUAUCGUUUGCAAAAAUAUAAAUUUACUGACGAGGAUUGGGAAAAUUAUUUACCGCCGUCUCCACCUGAAAUAACGAGAUCGCAAGAGCUCAAGAAAGAAACGAAUUUCAUUGAUCUGCCGGACGAUACUCAAAUCAUUUUGGGAAGCAAAAAUGUGGGGGAUUUGGGGGAACCUGUUGAGUAUAUAGCGCCGUUCAUUUGUAUAAUGGCCAGCGUUGUUGCGAAAAAAUAUUCCCUCGGCUCUUGGACUGGGGAUAUCGUCGAUUAUAUAUUGAAAUGCGGUAAUGAAUUAUAUACUGCUUCAAAAUUUAGAUACGAUCAGGUAUCGAAAUUGGAAAUCCCUCGUAUUACUUUAGGAAACAAUGCCUAUACAGUUCUUGUGGAAUAUAUAUUUGAUAGUCAUGUAAGACAAAACAUCUUAGAGCUUGCACUGGAGAAAAUUUUAUUUGUAAGAUCUGAUACAGGGGUAAUAGUUACCCCAAUGUAUGCGUGCGCAGUAAUUAAAAAGAACUACUUGUACUAUGUUUACGAUCCUUUCGGAAAUAACGAAGUCGGACUCAGUGAAGGACCCGGAGGGAAGGGUAUGGCGUGUUUCGCUAGAUUUAAAGAUCUACAUUCUUUGACAACAAGAAUAUUGUACAAUAAGAAAAAAAGAGAAACCGUAGAGAAAAUUGUGUACAGUAGAUUUGUUCUUAGUUCGGUGAAAGUAAAAGAAAUCAGAGAUUUCGGCGAUGUCGAGGAGAAGAAGAAAAAACAGAAAACGAAAAAUGCGGCAUCCUCCGAUGAAGAACCCGAAGAUCGUUCUAUAAAUUACGACGUCGGAGAAGAUGAAAUAGAAGGAGAAGAAGAACACGAAGAGCCCGUGAAUAAAGUAGGAUAUCAAUACAAAGAUGGGUAUUAUACCAUAACCGGUACUAAAGUACUACCGAACAGGGAAGCAGCAAGUGAAGAACUCACUGAAGAUCAUUUCAUAUGCAUUUGCUCCUGUUUAAUCCUAUUGACGACGCCUAUUAAUAAAUGGGAUACCAAGAAAGUGGAUUUGGCCAUGGAUUAUGGAAUGCACGUUUUUUCGCACGCUGACGAUUUGCUUAUUUCGGAAAAGAGAACUAUCAAAAAUAUUUUGGUGGGAAAGUACUUUUUCGAUAUUAUAAUUAAGAUGAUUAAGAUCGAAGAUUGGAAGCAGAAUCGUCAUUUGAGUUUGGGAAUAGACUAUCUACUAACAAAGAAACUUUCUUAUUUUCUAAUACAAUUUUCCAACGCAUGCUACGUCAUACACAAAAGUCAAAAUGAUUUUUAUCACAUUUUCGAUCCUUACGGCCAACCAAAAGAACUACCAGCGGGUUGGUUGCGAUGCAAAGACGUUAAACAAUUAAAACGACAUCUUCGAAAAAAAGUAGUACGAGGCGCUGAAUCGUACACAUUUUAUACGUUCGAAGUAACUUCCAUAAGAAAAGCACCAAAGGACCUUGUACUAAGUCACAAAUUACAAAUGUACGAUUUAGCCUCGACCGGGAAAAAGGAAAAGCAGGAUAAACCUUUCUACGAAGACGUGGAAUGGUUGAAAAUGGAUCCGAUUGCUUGGUCUAGGAAAAACGCGAAAGCCGCUAAUGGAAAAAUAAGAGGCACGCCGGAAAAUCUUUGGCACAAUUGGGAUGAAGAAUAUACACGAGAUUUGUAUUCUUUGAUGGGAAACAUCAACCAAUAUUCUUCAAGGUUUUCAUCGAAGACUCGUGGUAAACAAACACUAGCAAACUUAGUGGUAGCUAUCGGUAUGACCAAAAUAUACGAUUUAGAAGAAUGGAAUUCCGCUGUCGUCGAUUCAGUCCUCGUUAACGGCGAUAAUUACUUCAUAGAAUGUACUGAUAGUAUCAGUGAAGACGAUUACGAAUUAACUAUCGAUGAUUUGAUAAACGAUUGUUCCAUAUUUCCAUUCAGUUUCAAAGUUAACUUUAAUCCUGUAGUCGAAGGAACUAUGUUCUUAGUCAGACAUACUCAAUAUAAUUUAUAUAAAGCCUUGAGGUUUUUCUUUCAAAGUUACAAAAACCGUUGCGGUUUAUUAUUCGCAACGAGACAAGAAAGAAAACGUCAAGUAGCUUUCGGUAAAUUACAAGAAUCCGAGUACUUUAUGUUCGACGCCAGUUGCCAUGGCAACCCGAUGUUUUUAGAAGGAACCGGUGUUGCCUACAUUCUCAGAAUGACCACGUUGAACAGAUUGUUGCACGUGUUAACAUUAACGUUACGUGGAGGGGAUUUUUACAUUUACGAAGUUGAAAUAACUGAUUUGAAACCACUUGCAUAA